UUUCCACGCUUCGGCAACCACCGCGGAAUCAUAGAAUGUUCUCUCUCUCUUUCCCCACCCCUUUUUAGCGAAAGUAUGGCGAUGAGUCCCCAUCUUUUUCUGGGGAGCCAUCAUUAACGAACGCGCAUUCUCACCAAGCCACAACCACCCUCCUUACCUAAACAAGAACGGCCUCUCACCUGCCCCACCGCCACCUCCCCCGAAAGCCUCAAAGAUUCCUCCUUUCUUCUCUUUUCUUGCUCCUCUGCCUCGUCUCUGAAUCUUCGCGCCGCGCCUGAGCCUUUUAUACUACAGAUUGGCAGUUGGAUAUACUAUUCUUCUGAGAAUGGACGGGGAAAUGCAUGAUGAGGCAAUGAUCCCACAGAAAGUCGAAUCUCUACAUGGUCAGCUGAGAAGAAACUCUACUGGAAUAAUGGCUGCCCCAAAUCUUCAACCACCGAUUCUUUCGCGUUAUCUAAGAGCCUCGAUGGGAUCCUGCCACGAUUUGUGCAAAUAUGGAAGGAAACAUAAUUCUGAGGCAACGGCUAAUUUCCUGAGGUCAAGGAGAAAAGCUGCCAUUUCUAGGGAUCGCCACAACCACGAAAAGACGAGUGCUCUGGAGGGAAAUGAGAAAUCUUUUGUCAAUGUUGACGAAUCUCCUAAGUCCGUCAUUGUGAAGACAGAUGAUUCCUGGUCAACUCAAGACGGAGAUGUUGUUGUGAAGAAGGCUGCCAUUUCUGGGGAUGGCUAUGACCAGGAUAAGAGUAGUGCUUUGUUGGAGGGGAAUGAGAAAUCAUUAGUCAAUGUUGAUGAAUCUCCUAAGUCCAUCAUUGUGAAGACAGAUGAUGCCUUGUCAACUCAAGACGGAGAUGUCGUUUUCAAGAAGGCUGCUAAUUCGGGGGAUCAGUAUGAGCAGGAUAAGACCAGUGCUUCAUUGGAGGGAAAGGAGAAAUCAUUAGUCAAUGUUGAUGAAUAUCCUGAGUCCGUCAUUGUGAAGACAGACGAUUCUUUAUCAACUCCAGACAGAGAUGUCUUCUUUCAACAGCCAGAGGAUCCAGAUGUCACUGGAGAUUUUGCUGCUGACUUGAAGGAAAACUCUGUCCGUCCAAGUCCAUCUGCUCAUGCUAAAGAGGUAACAGGUGAUAAAGUACACAACAAAACUGGAGGGGCACUUUCAGUGGCCGCUCCCAAUAAUUCAGGCAGGAGAAAAAGCCAGAAAUUCAGAAGCACUAAAGCAACAAGGGUCUCUGUGAAUGAGAAGGAAAAGAUCUUGCCAAGUACGGCGUCCAUUGCCCUCAGAGGUACUAAAGCAACAAGGGUCUCUCUGAAUGAGAAGGGAAAGAUCUUGCCAAGUACGGUGUCCAUUGUCCCUGAACAUUAUAGCAGAAGAGGCUCAAAUAGGGAUGUGAGAAACUAUAUGCACGCCAAAUUAGCUUCCAAUCAGAAAAACUGCAGUAGCAGUAAACCUGAGCCUAAGCUUUCCAAUUGCAAGGAUAAAUCUGAAAAGACUUCAGAUUUUGCAGUGGCAAAUGUUGGAAGUAAAAUGGCAGGAGCCGCUGAGAAUAGCCUCCAUACUUUAGAUGAGGAUCCUAAGGCAGAGAAAGAAAGAAGAUCGAAUGGAAAGAUUGCCCCUCAACUUCCGCCAUCAUCAGGGAUGAAAAAAUUAAGACGCACUGUAAAUGCAUGUGGUUCGGCCAAAUUACCUCCAUACUCUGAUAAGAAAAACACAAGAAGAAUCGGAAGACAUGUUAAUCAAUCUUUGUCAUCUUCAUCCUUGAUCUCAACACCAUUUCUGCCAGCAUCAAAGUCUACCAAUGGUGAUACUUCAUCUGAGCAUGAGGCAGCUGAAAAGGGGAAUCCAGAGGCCCGUUCAAACACAAAUAGGCCCAAGAGGAGGGUCAGCACAGGUAGCUCUGAAGACAAAAGUUGCCAGCCUCAAAAUCUAUCCUUUAGGAAAGGGAAGGUGGUAGAACCUCGACUUGAGAACGUUCCUCCAAGGAAACUCAGGUUUCGACGGCCAAGACUACUUGGCGAGUGCCAACUUAGUAAGGGUGAUGCUGGAAAAAAAAUCUUUAGGAGAAAAGACAUUGAUUCUGCAGAGUCUAAGAGUAUCAAAUCUGAGAAAAUUGUCUUGAAGCACCGACAAGUGGAGAAAAGAGAGAAUGCACGAAGUUUGUUUAAUAAUGUGAUUGAAGAAACAGCUAGUAAGCUUGUCGAGACAAGGAAGAGUAAGGUCAAAGCGUUGGUUGGUGCUUUUGAAACUGUGAUCUCCCUUCAAGAUACCAAACCAAAGGCCACAGUCACUGCAUGUUGAACUGUUCAGGGUUUGUUUAGGUUUUAGUUCUAUGGUUUUAUUGUACAUAGUGAUCUAAAGAUAACUUCCGUUGUUCUUGUGGCAUGCGAACUAUAUCUCAAGACUGGCUCAUUGGGCUGAGAAAGUGUCUGGUGUGAAUUCUGUGGUUUUGACGUCUGUUGUUGAUCAGGUUGUUGUGUGUAUAGAAAGAAUGCAACUUGAUUGGAGUUUUAACAUCAUUGUUUUUGCACUCUAUAUACCUCUUGUUUGUAUAUUCAUGUAACUCUAUUGGUCUGUGGUUUGGUUUGCAAUGGAGGAAAUAUAAUAAUGCGCACGCACUUGCU